GAGUUCGGUGCGGCUGGUUUCAGUGGAAGACUGCCAGUCCGGAGCAGAUCAUGACCUCGAACAAGAUGCGCUGCGUGUUCGAGCUGCCGGCGGAUGCACAGGAGGAUCUGGUCAACAGGCCGGAGCCGAAGGACAUGAAGAUGGCGACGGAGGAGCUGCGCAAGCUGCGGGAGGACCUGAGCAGUGCCCGCGGCGAAAAUCUACAGCUCAGGGAGGAAGGCAUUCGAUUGCGGCGCCAGCUGUCGAGUGCGGCCAGCGCGCCGGGCAGCGCCGCUGCCGACGCCGCGCCCGCCGACACCACCAUGUACUAUGUGAUGGCCGCCGUGGCGCUAGUCAUCGGCGUCAUCGUAGGCAAACUUGUCAUGUAGACCGGUCCGAUCCGCCGCCGCCGCCGCUGGCAGAGCAGCAGCACCACCGCCAGCAGCAGCAGCAGCAGCAGCUCUCCCGUACCAAAUCAGAGGCGUGUGCCUGCGCUUGUCCGUCGGUGUGGAGUCGGACCGCGUACGACCCCUCCCCUCGUCCGCCCGCACGCAUCACGGAAUUUCUUAUCUGUCCCCGGUUUCGGCCCCUGCCGCGAUUGAAAUGGCCCGUGAAUCUGGGGGCGAUCGUUGCCGACGGCUCCUCCGACCCCCUCUGCCCGAACCAAGGUAGUGGCGAAUGGUUUGCCGUUCUGGUGUGGCCGUAUGCGAGAGGUUGUGCACGCAUGCGCGUCAGGGAUGGAGGCGCCAAGGCCUGGCAUGGGGUGUGGGUGUGGGAGUGCCGGUGUCACUCUGGACAGUGCAGCGAGCUGCGGCGUGUCGUCCCACCGCCUGCCAUUGGCCAGCCAGCGAUUGUCCAGUCUGCGCCGAGAGGUUGCUCCUGGGUUAGCGGGCGAGGGAGCGGUGGGUUGUUGUCUUUUCUACGGCGCCCGACGGAGGAGGGGCGCUCUGUUACUGUGGCGCCCCGAGCUGUCGUGAAAUCGCCGGUUGUUUGGCUGUGUGGAAAUAUUGCGCUAGUCGUGGGUUACGCGUUCUUGGAUCUUUAUGUUACUAAUAACCCUUAUUUUUGUUUUCAUUUCUCCCUUUCUGAUACGAAAUUUAUGUAGGGUGCGUUGGUGUCUCAGCCAGCAUGCAGCGGCGCACGAUUUCAGCUUUCCUUGCCCUGCUCGGUCUCAGUUUCCUCCUUUCCGCCCUCUCUAUACGGGCGCCUCCCUUCCUCUAUGGCUCUUCCAGACUGCUAGGCUUCAGUAGCCGUUUGGGAACCCUGCACAUUGGUUGGAAUUGCCAUUGGCAGGGUUGUGUAAUAUCUCCCAGUGUUUAUAACCCACCGGAAGGUAUCAUCAAUAUGCAUGUCGAUUUGCCUGUCGGUGAUUUGAAGUAGUCAAUAAAUUCGAGCUCGGACUCA